CUUCACUAGUGCAAUUAGAGUGAAAGAAAGUAUGUUGGUCUCUUUCUAACUUAUUGCACUAGUGCAGCAGUGCAGCUAAAACGAACAGAUCCAUUGUGUUGUGUUUGGUAGCGUACUAUAAAUAUAGCAUCUAUGGUAUACAUACGUACAUACACUCCAUAUUGGAGAUUAGAAUUUGACCAAUCAGAGCAAAAAGAGCGAAGGAUACCCACAUCGAUUGGUCGGAUCUAAAUCUUCAAUGCGUACAAAGUCUAAUAAGCUACAUAAAACACGCUGUAUGUACAUGCAACAUAGAAAUUUAUUUGCAGUCUGAAAUUUGAGAUUUGAUUUUGUAAUGUGAUUUAUGUGCAGCGGUUAUGUCAAGAUACGUAUGUUUUUAUAUAAAAAAUAUGACGAAUGUAACUAAUUGAAUUAAUAAAUAAAUUUGUUCCACGACACGAGUUAUCGUUUGUCGUAUUUUCGCGAGUAAAAUUAUCAAUGAUGCAACGUACAUUGAGCGAUUAUUCAUUUUUCUGUCGAAGAUUACGUUAUUGCACUUCAACUGCAAAUGCAGAAUUAUGCAAUAAUAAAAGAUUAACAGAUUUUCCAGCGACAUUUAAACCAAAAGAUGUGGAGCAAGGAUGGUAUGAUAUCUGGCAGCACAACAAUUACUUCACAGCCUCUAGAUUAGUGAGAACAAGAGAUAAACAUGAGGAAAAAGAGAACAAAGAACCUUUUAGUAUGAUCUUACCACCACCUAAUAUUACAGGGGUAUUGCAUCUAGGCCAUGCGCUCACUGUUACAAUUCAGGAUGUUCUAGCAAGAUGGCAUAGAAUGAAAGGCCAUCCAGUGUUGUGGAUACCAGGUCUGGAUCAUGCAGGAAUUGCAACGCAGGCGGUGGUGGAGCGUGUAUUGCAGCACACACGAAACAUCACACGGCGUGAUAUGGAUCGUAUCGAAUUCGAGCAAUUGCUCUGGCAGUGGAAGACAGAGAAGGCCACGAUUAUCAAUCAACAAUUGAAAGCGCUUGGUGCUACACUUGACUGGAACAGAGAAUAUUUUACUAUUGAUGAAAGACAUAGCACAGCAGUGACAGAAACAUUCGUACGGCUAAAUGAAAGAAAUCUAUUGUACAGAGAAAGAGAUCUUGUCAAUUGGUCGCCGGCGCUGCGCAGUACAAUCUCAGAGAUCGAGGUCGAAGAUUUCAUAAUAAACGGCAAAACGCAGCUCCGAUUACCUGGACAUGACGGUAAAGUCACUGUUGGCCAAUUAAUUAAGCUGGCAUAUCCGAUCAAAGAUUCGAAAGAAGAAUUGAUAGUUGCAACAACUAGGCUGGAAACAAUUUUUGGAGAUGUGGCAAUUGCUGUACAUCCAGAUGAUGAAAGAUAUUCGAAGUACAUUGGCCGGCAAGUUUUACACCCUAUAAAAGAGACAUUCAUACCUGUCAUAGCCGAUUCCUCGGUCAAAAGAGAUUUUGGCACAGGUGUGGUAAAAAUCACACCGGCGCAUGAUCGUUCGGAUUAUAGCAUUGCCAAAAGGCACUGUUUACCAGUUAUUAGCAUUAUCGAUGAAGCUGGCAAUAUGACGGACGAAUGCAAGGAAUUUAAGGGCUUGUCAAGGUUUGUCACACGGGAGAGACUCGUAAACGAGUUGUCGGCGCGAGGUAUCGUGAGGAGCGUAGAAGAUCAUCACCAAAUGAUACUACCACGAUGUUCGCGCACGCACGAUGUAAUUGAGUAUCUGCCUAAAGAACAAUGGUUUGUGCGAUGCGCGGCAAUGGCUAAACGAGCGUACGAAGCUGUAAAGAAUGGUGAAUUAAAAAUUGAUUCGAGCGACGAUGGUAUUCACGAACAAUUGUGGUAUGACUGGCUUGAAAAUACUAGGGAUUGGUGUGUGUCAAGACAAUUGUGGUGGGGUCAUCGCAUUCCAGCAUAUUCCGUAAAUCAUGGUGACAAUAAUAAUGAUAGUGGUGACAAUUUCUUUUCUUCUAGUAGUACUAACAACAUUUCAUGGAUAAUCGCACGAUCUGAAGAAGAGGCAUAUUCGCAAGCACGGGAAAAAUAUGGGGAUACAGUGAGGAUACAUCAAGAUCCUGAUGUCCUCGACACGUGGUUCUCUUCGGCAAUUAUACCGUUUGUCACACUCGGUUGGCCGAAACAUACAAAGGACAUGGCAAAGUAUUAUCCAUUAACACUGAUGGAAACUGGUCAUGAUAUUUUUAUUUUCUGGGUGGCGAGGAUGGUGAUGCUAAGUCUAGAAAUGACACAAAAUUUGCCAUUCAAGGAAGUUUUGCUCCAUGGUGUCUUAUGUGAUGCUAAUAAUAAAAAAAUGUCCAAGAGCUCUGGCAAUGUCAUUUUACCAGAAAAUAUUAUGAAUGGUUGUAGCUUUGAAGAACUAAACGCUCAAGCAAAGCAAAAUAAUGCAGUGGGCAUUCUUAGUGCUGACGAGUUGCAGCGAACACUGCGUGUCAACGCGAAAUCGUAUUCUGCAGGAAUACCAGACUGUGGCGCAGAUGCUUUAAGAUUAUCGUUGUGCGCACGUAAUAUUAAGAAUCGUACCAUCAGUUUCGACAUGGAUGAUUGUCGCAUGAACAAAUAUUUCUGUAAUAAAAUUUGGCAAGCAAGUAAAUACAUAUUAUUGAUGGCAAAAAAUGGUGAGGAGAUCAAAGAAGAUCAAAAACAUGAAGAGAAAGGAAAGAAAUAUCUAAAUACUUUGGAUCAAUGGAUCCUGAGUCGAUUGUCAUGGAUGGUAGACAGAGUGAACAGUGCGUUCGCCGAACGAAACUUUCAUAAAGCGAUUGCUGCAAUUCGUCAAUUUUUGCAUUAUGAAUUCUGCGAUUUUUAUGUGGAAGGUACAAAAUUCGGAUUUAAAAGUGGCAAUGCAGCUGGACAUUUCGAUACUCUUACAAAAUGUUUGGAAGUAUCGCUACGCCUUCUCGCACCCAUUACUCCUUACUUAUCGGACGAUCUAUAUACAAGACUCGCUAAAAAGAAUUUGCCGGGAUUUCAAUCUGUUUCUUCAUUGCUGGAGACAUCCUAUCCCAUGUCAUAUGAGUUCGAGAAUUUUAGAGACGUGGUAUUAGAGAAAGAAAUGUGCAAGCUUUUGAAUGUGAUAGAUGUUAUCAGAAGCUGUAUGGCAAAUGUGAGCAAGAAGUCAAAUCCAGAAGUUAAUAUCUUGGUCAAUAACGUGCAUGAUUAUGACUUCUAUUUGGAAAAUAUAAACCUAAUUAAAGGAGCGAGCAGAAUCUGGAAUGUGCCUAUCCACUUGACAGAAUCGAUUAACGACGAUGAUUUUCAUAAUAAAGCGACAAAAGACAACUAUAAUUCCGACGAUAAUAGCAUUUACACUAUUCGAUAUAUACACACGAACGAUUGUGCACUACUUAUUGCAGUUACGGACGCAUCAAUACUGGAACUUAUUAAAAAGAAUAUUACAAGAAAGGAGAAAGCAAAAGAGAAAUAA